UUCCGGCGGCGGCGGCCAUGGACGUCCUGAGGCAGGAGAUCAGCCGGAAGCGGCGGCAGUUGGAGGACAAGGAGCUCGUAGGGGGAAGUAAGAAAUAUUUUAAACGCAGUGAGUUAGCUAAAAAAGAAGAGGAGGCCUACUUUCAGAGAUGCGGCUACAAGCCUGUAAAUGAGAAGCCACCUGGAGAGGUACAACAGCAAGAGGAGGAGGAGAAACCACUGACUUCAUCAAAUCCAGUGCUGGAACUUGAACUGGCAGAAGAAAAGUUACCAAUGACCCUUUCCAGACAGGAGGUUAUCAGGAGGUUACGAGAGAGAGGUGAGCCAAUCAGGCUCUUUGGAGAAACAGAUUAUGACACAUUUCAACGUCUGAGGAAGAUAGAAAUUCUCGCACCUGAAGUGAACAAGGGCCUGAGAAAUGACCUGAAGGCUGCUUUGGAUAAGAUUGACCAACAGUAUCUGAAUGAAAUUGUAGGCGGCCAAGAAGCAGGAGACGAUGACUCACAGAAUGACUUGAAAGUGCACGAGGAGAAUACUACUAUUGAAGAACUGGAAGCUUUGGGAGAAUCCUUAGGACGGGGUGAUGAUCACUAUGAUAUGGACAUCAUAACAAAGUUCUUGAAGUUUCUGCUUGGAGUUUGGGCUAAGGAGCUGAAUGCCAGAGAAGACUACGUGAAGCGGGGAGUACAAGGGAAGCUGAACAGUGCCACUCAAAAGCAGACAGAAUCGUACCUGAGGCCACUCUUCAGAAAACUUCGGAAAAGGACACUUCCUGCAGACAUCAAAGAAUCAAUAACGGAUAUUAUUAAAUUCAUGUUGCAAAGAGAAUAUGUGAAGGCAAACGAUGCCUAUCUUCAGAUGGCUAUUGGAAACGCUCCCUGGCCCAUCGGUGUCACUAUGGUUGGCAUCCACGCUCGAACGGGUCGUGAAAAGAUUUUCUCCAAGCACGUGGCCCACGUUCUCAAUGACGAAACUCAAAGGAAGUAUAUUCAGGGGCUGAAGAGGCUCAUGACCAUUUGCCAGAAGCACUUCCCAACAGACCCGUCGAAAUGCGUGGAGUACAACGCUUUAUGAGGCUCUGCAGUGUCCAAGGUGUGACUCAUAUUUUGAUCUUCAACACCCAGAGAGGAUUGAAGAGACAGAGUUUGUGCUUAAACGCCAACAGGAACCUAGGGUGGGCUGUGCGAAAAAGCAUAAAGCAGUAGAUUUUCUACAGCUUUCUUUUUACAAGCCACAUUUAUUUAGAUUUCUUUUUAAAUCUAUGCUUUAUGCUGAGCACAUACAAUAUACAACAGAGGGGUUUUUAUUUUAAGGGAUUAUGACCAGGGGACAGUGAACAUGAUCCUUGCUUUUAUUUCAGUUUGUUAUUCAGGCAAGCAUACAGACUGAACUGUUUCCCAUAUCUUAAAAUUUUAGGUGAGACUCAGCCCUGCAAGGAGUACACGUGGAACUUUUUUGGCUGCUUUCCCAUUGGAGACCGAUGUGGGGAGAUGAUUAGAGGGAAGCAGUUGAAUGUGAAUCUUGUUUUUUUUCUGUAAAUAUAAAGACUUUAUUGGCUAAUCUUUCAUGUGGUAUUUAUCAGGAGAGGAAAAAUAAAAAAGUGUAUAUAUGUUUCAGCUGAAAAGUACAGCUAGCUUUAGUGCAAAGAGUUUUUGAUCUUGAAUGCAUCUGAUUUGGCUUUUGUGGGUGUUUUUUGGUAACAACAUUUUUAAUAUAAGCCUUUGGGGCUUGGGGGAAGUAAUCUUAUGGCUCUUGAGGCUUUCAAAUCCCAUUUUUAUACAUCUGGAGAAAAUUUCAGUCUGCUGGGCAUUGCAGAGAAAAUAAUUAGGACCUCCCAUGACCACGAACAGUAUUUCUAGCAGCCAUAAAUCUUUACCAUUGUGUGUCUUGACUGGGAAUGGUGAGGGAAUGCACAGAAACGGUGAUGUGUAAUUCUGCUUAAACAGUGAAAUGUUGAAACUUUCUUAAUGGUGCAGAUUCAAAGUCUUAGGCUGAAAUAUUGUGCUGCUUUUUUAAUUACAAGAACAGCAGUACCUCUGCAACAGUAUUAAACAGCUACUUCUCUUAAGGAGACCUUUCUAGGACCUAUGGUGAAGCUUGAAACAAAUCACUGACUGUUGCAGUGGCUGCUAGUAACUGCCUCUGCCCACAUCUGUGAGAAUCCAGACCUCGCAUCUGUCUGGCCCCACAGAUCCAUUAGAGCCGAUACAGCGCCCCCUCCUCUGCCUCUGGAGAAGCUUUUUCUGUGCGGUCAGUGGAGAGGGGAGGGUCUGGUCCUGGCUGCUGGGGGUUGGACUCGGGCAGGUAUUUGAAUCUGGUAUCCUGUGGUGCCCCUGUGAGGCAGCAGGUCUUGUGGUACCUCUGGUGCUUGUGGGCAUCCUGGACUUGUAACCUUCGAGCUGCGGCCGUGGUAGGCCUGGUACGGUGUGAGCAGAGCCACUUCCUGAAGAAAUGGGUCAGUAUUUCAGUGUAUUGGUUUGUCCAAGUCCUCACCUCGACUGGAAGCGUGGGGCAGGAACUGGUGCCCUCGUCUGAAGGAGUUGCCUGUCUCCCGUGGGUAUUCAGUGUCCCGUGGCACAGUGAGACAUGCUGGGGGGGAUUUGUGCUGGCAGUGAGUUUGGAGGAGUGUCCUCAGGAACUUCAGGUUCUUAUAGAGACUCCAGAUUCUGAAGUGCCUCUUGGGACACAGGAGUUUUUCAGUCUGGAGUGUCUGACCCCGGAAAAUGUCAAGAGCUUAAACAGUUUAGAAGUAAUAAAAAUGAGGCUGAUGAGACCAAAGCAGUGCUUAGGGAGGGGCCUUUGGGGAAUAGAUGGGGAUUUGCAGGGAGAAGCUGGGCAGAUGUCAAGAGCACGGAAGAGUUUCAUUAACAGUGGUGUCUGCUGAUUUUUUUUGCAGUGCUUUAUAGAGAUAUUCUUUGGAACUGUUAGUACAACAGGAAACAUAACACCGCAAUUUUAUCCCUCUCCCCACCUAGAUGAUUUCCUGAGCUGUUUCUAAAUCUUAGUCCUGACCCUGGUUUUGAACUCUUAAAUAAUUGAGGGACAAUAUUGUCCCUCGUUCAGAAGAGCUAUAAUUUCCCUGGAAAGCGAUGCAAGUGAGUAGCCAGGGAAAUGGCUUCAGGAACAUUGUAACGUCUGCUUUAGGGGGAGUUGGAGUCUUCAGGGCAUCUGUAAUAGUAUUAGAUAGAUUUUUUUUUUUUUUCCCUCCUGCUUUAGAGCUAAUUAUUGAGGCGAGUUUAAUGGUACCCUGAGUACUGGUUUGAGUGGGGAUGCGCUUCCUGUAAGGAUGUGAAUUUGAGGUUGGAAUGUUUUAGUCUGAUCAGGUUUUAAAGAAUGUAAUUUAAGCAAUGUGCCUCCUUGCUGACAGUCCCUGAAAUACAGCUGCCUUGCCUGAAUGAAUCCCAUGACGGAAGAACUUUAUCCCCUUGCAAUUCGUGGAAUGGCGCUGCACGGGGAGCUGAGGAACUGAGCAGCACUUUCUCACGGCAUAUCUGUGUAAGAGCUUCCAGCUGUCCGGCACGUCAGAGCCGGCUUUGGUCCUCGGGGGGAUCGUGAGGUGGGGGGACACUGUUACGGCAGCUGCUUCUCAUCAGAGGUUUGAGGCUCUUUGCAGCUGGAUGUCCCCAAAUUACAGCUACCAGACCAUGAUCAAAUAGUUAAUAAUGCUUUUUAGCCAAAAAAAAAAAAAAUCCAAAACCCACCCGAGUCCAGUUUAGGUACGAGUGGGUGUGGUGCAGCUGUCAUGCUGCUUGACAGUUUUUGUGGGGAGGGUAUGUUUCAGUUUAGUGAUUUAGACUUUUCCCUCUGGGCUUCUCCAGAUGUCUAUUUCUGAUAAUUCUUGCGUUAGGCAGAAAUAACUCCACGGAAUCCAAAGACUUGUAGCCUUAGGAUGAAGUCAUGUGUUCACUGUAGUAAUGUCUGGAGUGUUUUUUGGACUUCGGUUUCCCUGGUCGUUUGUUGCAGCCCCUGACCCCUUCCCUGGCCUGGCGGUGGAAGGGGCUGUGUGAGGUGGUCCUCUCAGAGCCUGUGAUACCUGUUUUGUGUUGGUGUUAUCAUGCCCAAAGGUACUUAAAUGCGUUUAAUUUCUUGCUAUUUGUCUAUACUGCUGGAAAGGCUCUUGGGGUAGAUGUAUGUGGGGUCAGUUUAUUUUGAUGGAGGAGCUGCGUUCCUCUCCUGCUCGCUGCCAUAGAAUUCUCUUCUUACAGAUCCAGCCUUGCCCAAAGAAUGACCCUGGUAGACAUGUAAAUGGCUUCACUUCUCGGGCAGGGGAGUGCCCUGGCUCCUGAACCUGGGGAGUGAGGGCCCGGUGCCCUCUAAGAGGGCUGGCGCAAGGGUGUCGGUGCUGGUAUCAGGUCUGGAGCAGGCUGUCAUGAAAACUGCUCCUGAUGUGUUGUAGGGCUUGAGGAGGUGCCUGGGGCAGUGUCAGAGCCCCCGGUGAUAUAUCUGAGCCCAAGUCUGAGAGUUUGGGGGAUAUCUGA